AUGGCGGGGUCGGAGCUGCUGCGGCGCCUGAGCCGCCGGGCCUGGGAGCCCGCGUUGGCCCGGGCGCAGCGCGCCGCCGUCCUGCUGGACGCGCCGGCCGCCGAGGCGCUACACUGGGGCGGCGGGGCAGGCGAGCUGCUGGCGGCCGGGGCGCUGGCUGUCGGAGCGCUGUCCGCGGAGGCGGCGGUGGCGGCCGGCGCGGCCCGCGUCGUGUUCGUGCUGAGCGGGGCGCUGCGGGGCGGCGCGGCGGCCGCGGUGCGUGCCGUGCUGGGGCAGGGCGCCGUGCGGCACUGCGUGCUGGUGUGCGGCGGCGAGGCGGAGGGCGACGGGCCGGCCGAGCUGGAGGAGACCUUGCGGCGCUGGAUGGGCGAGGGCGGCCACGCUGAGGUCGUGCUGCGGGGCCCGCCACUCCUGGCGCCCGUCUCGGCGGAACUUUGCCUGCUGCCCGCCCUGGCGGCGCUCCUCCCGCCGCUGCCCGGCCCUGGCGGCCCUGGCCCCUCGGAGGUCGGGCUGGGUGCGCUGCCCGCCGAGUUGCGGGCGGCCGUGCGGGCCCUGGUGGGCGACCUGGACGCUCUGUUCUCCGCCCUGGGCCUGCGAGAGGAGAGCUUCGCCGUGGGGGCCCUCAGCAGGAUCGUCGCCGCUGAGCUGGCAGGCUACGCCCCAGCCAGGAACAGGAGGAGGACGGCCACCAACAAGGCCUCUGUCGUCUUCGUGGACAGGACGUUGGACCUUGCUGGAGCAGUUGGUCAUCAUGGUGACAAUCUUGCAGAGAAGAUACUUUCUGUGCUUCCCAAGCUUCCUGGCCACAAGACUGAUGUGAUGGUUAACAUGGUGGAACUUACAGCACUGCAGACUACAGCUGAAACUUACAGUAUUAUAGCACCUGGCUGCUUAGCACAACCAAAUGAUCCAGCUGCCAAAGCUCUCUGGGAGUCCUUCAUGAACCUCAAACAAAAGGAAGCUGUGAUGGAGGCCAGGAGACACCUUGUGGAGGCUGCAAGCAGAGAAAAUUUACCUAUUAAGAUGAGCAUGGGCAGAGUCACCCCAGAACAGCUCAGUUCAUACAUUAAGCUUUUCAGAAAUAAUCUCAAAGCUUUGGAGAACCACUGUGGUCUUCUACAGCUUGUACUGGCCACAGUCCAGACUUUGAAACACCCUCAGACUUCCAAAUGGGACAACUUCCUUGCCUUUGAGAGAUUACUUCUGCAAACUAUUGGCGAAUCAGAAAUGCCCAGUGUUUUGAACCAGUUGUUGCCAAUGAUCAAGUCUUACAAUGAGAGAACGAAAGAUGAUUAUACCUGUGAGGACUUCCUUGUCUUGCUGGUAUACAUAUAUUCUGUGGUUGGAGAAAUCGAAAGUGGAAAAGAGCUGGAUGCAGCUGAAGAAGAGGUGAAAAAGGCCCUAGCCAAGGCAAUUUGUGAUGAGCCAGAGCCAUCUCCUUUGUUGCAGAAAAUUACAGGUAGGAAAUGUCUUCGGAGUCAGCAGGAUGCCAGCGAGAGCCCAGGCUGUGACUCCUUACUGAACCUGACAUCUCAGAAAGCCACAGAUGCAGUGGACAGUAUCUUUCAGUCCCUCAGGGAUAUUACAAGAGUUCGAAUGCACAUGAAACAGUUUAAUUCCAUACGUAAUCCAGGCAGCAACACCCACCAGGCUUCUUACAAACCACUGCUGAAACAGGUCAUGGAAGAGAUCUGUAAUCCUGAUCGACUUGAUCCUGUUGAUAUUGAGCAUAUGUCAUCAGGCCUCACUGAUCUCCUUAAAACUGGAUUCAGCAUGUUCAUGAAGGUGAAUCGCCCUCACCCUGGUGAUCAUCCUCUUCUGAUCAUCUUUAUGGUUGGUGGAGUGUCAGUCUCUGAGGUCAAAAUGGUGAAGGAUUUGGUAGCAACACACAAACCUGGUACCCAGGUAAUCGUGCUCUCCUCUACACUCUUGACACCACAUAGUGCUGUUGAGUUGUUGUUUGCCCCAGACCACCUCCAACCUGACACUGAUAUCUGACAGGGGAGGAUCUGUGGAGAAGAUGAGUGAGUGCCUCACCCGGAAACAUCAAAUCCCUGGUCUGUCGUUCUUCUCAGUAGCCCUCCAAAAACUGACGUGUCACCUGCUGCAGUUAAAGCUCCAGGUGAAGCAACUGGGUAUCUGGCUGAAAGGGAACAUGUGCAGCUAAUGGGCGGCUCUUCAAAAUGGUCCAGUUGUCCAGCAGCAAGUUCCCCCUCCUUAACAGUAGCACUGUGCAGUUUGAAUCACUCCCAACCCCAUUCGAUGUAGUGAGGGUGAUUGUAAUAAUUCCCUAGAAAAGGAGCAGCUGAGGACCAGGUGAUGCUGAAUUUUCCCUCCCCAACAAGCAGUACUUUUUUCUCUGAAAAUUCCUAAUGGGUUUGCUGGGGUUGUGUUUGGUGGAAAUGCUGCUGAGGAGUGAAAGGCUAGCAAAAUCCACCCUUCGUCAUGCUACCUUGCAAAAUAUGUGUGCCUUAUACAACGUGAACAGCCUCUGCUCUUACUUCGUCCCUCACUGCAGAGACAUCAUGGAGCACAGCCCUGAUUUAGCUGGCACAGCAGCUCCAGUCCAGUGAUGCUCUACUGCAGGACUGGUAGAGGCAGGGAAGCGGAGAAUCAGACUCAAGGCCUGGGUUAUGUGGCUGCUUCUCUCUCAGCUUUCUGUUUCCUGCUCUAGUUUCUCCACCCACAGUCCCAGAAGAAAAGACUGUUUCUGACAGCACACAUAUCUAGGUUUACACAGGAGGGCAUAUGGGCUGUGUUGGUUGGAUGAUAACCCUGGAAGAAUCCUCCCCUCACAUGGAUUUGAAAAAAAGAGAAGAAAAAAAAAGGCACGGUCACAUUUUCGAGAGGCCACGGCACAGAUCCAUUCUUGAACUAGAUUUAUGAACAGCAUGAUUAGAGAACUGCUUUUAUUUUAUGAUCACAGAAGAGCUGCAGUCAAAUUCAGUUAUGUUAAUUUUUUUUAUAAAACUUUGCUACAAUCUGUUAUAACAAAGCAGCAGCCAUUAGGAAUUGUAGUUGCAUAUAGCACCGAGAUUUCCGAAUUGCAGCAUAAAAUGGUGGAGCUCUAAAGCUGCAUCCUCUUUCUUCAUUAAGGAAUGCUAUGACUACAGCUUACAAUGAGAUGAGAAUGUGAAAUUAUAAGUGGCAUUCACUCUAUCACAGCAUUCUUUAUUAUACCAAAGAGUAGCUUAAAUGGGAAGUUUUCUACAUUUUGUUCACUAGCUAACAUUAGUUCUCCUAAAUGUUUAUAAUGGUCUUCAGAAAAGGGUGCAUUUUGGUUUAAGUUCACUUUCGAGUGGCUGGAAGGAAACAAUGGACCAAUUAUAAAGCAUGGACAAUGUCGCCUCUAUGGAAGAGAAAUUUAUAGGAAUGACUAUAGAAUGGAACUUUGUGCUAUAAAAAAUGAGAAAUGUUAUGUGAUUGCAAUAUUAAAAUCGCAAGGAAUAGUUUGAAUAGAGCAACUGGAAAGCAAACAGCCAGUUUCUUGGUUUCUUUUCUCUCAUUCUGUACUGUUUAAUCUUAGAAUAUGGUUGUUUUGCAAAUUCUGUAAUCAAUAAAGCAAUGCUCUUACAGUGCCAAACCU